ACCAUCAGCACAACGACCUACGCAGCGACCCAGAAAUGUACAUGAACAUUAGCGAACUUAUUUCUAGUAAGGGAUAUCCGAAUGUGGAGUACAAGGUGGAAACUGCAGAUGGGUUUAUCCUGAGUGUGAACAGAAUCCCACGUGGACUGAAGGACAGCACGGCAGCAGUGCGUCCCGCCGUGCUGCUGCAGCACGGGCUGUUGGCUGGCGGAAGCAACUGGGUGUCCAACUUCGCCCACGACAGCCUGGGCUUCAUCCUGGCCGAUGCCGGCUACGACGUGUGGAUCGGAAACAGCCGCGGGAACCUGUCGCACCACCACCGUGCCCUGACGCCUGAUCAGGAGGAGUUCUGGGCGUGGAGCUCUUUGGAUCUCCCUGCCGUGGUGGACUUCAUCCUCAACGAGACCAACGAAGAACGGUUGUUCUACGCGGGGCACUCCCAGCGAACCACCAUUGCCCUGGCUGCUUUCUCUUCCAACCCUAAACUGGCGAAGAAGAUCAAGCUCUUCAUAGGGCUUGCGGCUGUGGUUAACGUGCACCACUCCACAAGCCCCAUGGCUAAACUGGCUGACGUUCCGGAUUGGCUCAUCUAGGUGAUUUUUGGAAAAAUGAAAGAAGUUCUUGCCUCAUAAUGACAUUCUCAAAUGGCUGUCGGCAGAAAUCAGUGACAAGGAAAUCAUCGAAGACUUGUGUGAACAUGUUUUCUUCGUCAUUUGUGGCUUUAACGAGAAGAACAUGAACGUGAGUCGAGUGCCAGUCUAUGCCUCUCACUGCCCAGCUGGAACCUCGAUUCAGAACAUGCUUCAUUGGCGACAGGUUGGUUUUU